AAUCAAUAACAAUUAAUAAUUUUUUGCUCUUUUAUGAUAAAUAAAUACACUGUUUCAGAUGUGCUCUCUGUUUACUUUUCAUUCUAAUCUUUUUGAAUAGAGUGCGUUGUAUAAAUUACAUUCAUUAUUAAAAUAAUAGGCCGGUUGGGUUUUGGACGCAUAAUUUUCAUUGCAGAGUAACUACUUUAUUUUUUUCGUAUUUUAUAUUUGGAAAUGGCGUCUCCAACUUCUAAAUCGCCUGAUCAAUCGGAUAAAAACCGGAAAUACGAUAGACAACUUAGGCUGUGGGGUGAACAUGGUCAAAAUAUGCUAGAAAAUGCCAACAUUUGCUUGAUCAAUGCCAAUGGAUUGGGAUGUGAGAUUCUUAAAGGAAUAAUUUUACCAGGAAUUGGAGCGUUCACAAUUGUCGAUGGAAGCAAAGUUGUCGAGGACGAUUUGGGUCCAAAUUUCUUCUUGGAGACUGGUAGCAUUGGAAAACCUAAGGCAACAAUUUGCAUGCAAUUUUUGCAAGAACUAAAUACCGACGUCAAAGGUGAUUCUGUUGAGGAGAGUGUAGAAUAUAUAUUGGAAAAUCGACCAACCUUCCUUGAAAAUUUCGAUGUGGUGGUGGCAUCUAAUUUGAAUGAGCAAUCUCUUUUGAAUUUAUCUGAUUUUUUAUGGCGAGCAGAUAUACCAUUUAUAUAUUGUCGUUCGUUAGGCAUGUUGGGAUCAAUACGUAUACAAAUACGAGAGCAUUGCGUGAUUGAAAGUCAUUCUGAUAACCGUCAAAACGAUUUGCGAUUGGAGCAUCCAUUUCCUAGUUUAAAAGAGCACCUUGAGAAAACUGAAGUGACAACUAAAGUUCCGUGGCUUUUUGUCCUAUUUAAGUAUUUGCAAAAGUGGAAAGCUGAGAACAGCAAUCGUGCACCUUGCAAUUACAAAGAAAAGUCCGUGUUACGAGACAUGGUAAAGGCAGAAAUGUCUUCAAAUGAAGAAAAUUUUGAAGAAGCCAUUAAAGCCGUGAAUACUGCUUUUGGUGGGGGAAAUGUUUCACCAGAAUUGGCAAAAAUUUUUGAAGAUGACGCUUGUGAGAACUUAAACAAGAAGAGCAAACCGUUUUGGAUAAUGAUGAAGGCCAUGAAAGACUUUGUUCAAAAUGAAAACAACGGACAACUUCCUCUUUCUGGUGUUCUACCAGAUAUGACCGCUGACACGAAUUCAUAUAUAAAUCUUCAAAAUAUUUACCGUCAGCAAGCAUUGCACGACGCCGAUCAGGUUUAUCGGCGUUGUCAAUCUUUGGUUAAGGAACUCGGCUUGCAAAGUGACACUGUAUUAGAAAGAGAUGUUCGGCUAGUUUGCCGCGAAGCGGCUGGUAUUACAAUUAUUAGAGGAUCGAAAAUUGCCGAUGAAUAUAAAAGGAACUUUAACUCUUUAUGCGCCGUCGAUGAUAUGGAAUUUAAAGGGACUUUAAUGGAAUAUUAUAUUGCCCUCAGAACUUACGAGCGUUUUCUUUGUGAAUGUGGAAAUAUCCCAGGAGAGUAUUAUGUGGAGAACGAUACAGCUCGUUUUAAGUCAGUGGCUAGUAAAAUUUUCAUGGAUGGGGGAAUGUCUUCGGCCAAUCUAAGUGAUGACAUCAUUCAUGAGAUUUGUCAUUACGGUGGGUCCGAGUUGCAUUCAACGUCGGCUUUCAUUGGCGGAUGUGCUGCCCAAGAAGUUAUUAAAAUUAUAACCAAACAGUACAAACCAAUUGACAAUACUUUCCUGUUUAAUGGCAUUACCACAGAAUCUAUCUCCCUUAAACUGUAAAAGCUUUGAUUUCAUUCUAAAUUGUAUGUAUAGUGUGAGAGUAUAAUUGAAAAACAAUUUUAA